CAUGCACACACAAGAAAACCCUCUAUUUAAUCCUCCAUCUACAUUUCAUAAAAACUAUAUCUUUUCAAGGUUGCUCAUGGUCACCUUCUUUACUCACUCGAAAAAUGGGUUUGACAUUCAUCUCGAUUAUGAGCUUUUUGUCGGUGGUAUCACUGGUUAAUGGUUACUAUAUAACUCCAUGGAGCAACGCACAUGCCACUUUCUAUGGUGGUGGUGAUGCCUCUGGAACAAUGGGUGGAGCUUGUGGAUAUGGGAAUUUGUACAGCCAAGGGUAUGGUACAAACACUGCUGCACUGAGUACACCCUUGUUCAACAACGGGUUAAGUUGUGGUGCAUGUUUCGAGCUUAGGUGUGUCAAUGAUCCACAAUGGUGCCUUCCAGGCACCAUUGUGGUCACUGCCACUAAUUUUUGCCCUCCGGGCGGAUGGUGUGAUAAUAUACAUUUCGACCUCUCGGAGCCGAUUUUUCUUCACAUUGCUCAGUACCGCGCAGGAGUUGUCCCCGUCGCUUACCGAAGGGUACCAUGCAGGAGAAGAGGUGGGAUUAGGUUCACAAUAAAUGGACAUUCUUACUUCAACCUGGUACUUAUCACAAACGUAGGUGAUGCUGGAGAUGUAAGAUCCGUGUUCAUAAAGGGGUCAAGAACAGGAUGGCAACCAAUGUCAAGAAAUUGGGGACAAAACUGGCAAAGCAAUAGUUACCUGAAUGGACAAGCACUAUCCUUUAAGGUCACCACAAGUGAUGGUAGAAGUGUAGUGUCCUACAAUGUGGCGCCUUCUGGUUGGUCUUUUGGGCAGACCUAUACCGGAGGCCAGUUUCGUUAAGCAGUCAUUAAGCAUCUAGUUUGAUGGUACGUGAUAUGAACUUUCGAACAAGAGUAUUAACCUUAAAUGCUAUGAGUUUAAAUCCUUCUUUUGUUUUAUUUACUCGGAAGGAACCAAUACGCCCGAGAAUGAUGGAAUAAACAAACUAAACGGUGUCCUAUAGUAGUUAUGUAUACGAGUUUGAUGACUAUAAUGUUGUAUUUUGUUCACAUUAAUAGAUGAACGUAUUGUAAGUGUUCUUUCCAUUAUAUGGAAUAAUUUUAAAUAUGAGCUCCUUGUAAUCGUACAGGUAUAUAAGAAUGUAUUCCACUAAUCCUUCUUUUGUUUUAUUUACUUGGAAGGAACCAAUAGGCUCGAGAAUGAUGGAAUAAACAAACUAAAAAGUGUCGUAUUGUAGUCACGUAUACGAGUUUGAUGAGUAUAAUGUUGUAUUUUGUUCACAUUAAUAGAUGAACGUAUUAUAAGUGUUCUUUCCGUUAUACGGAAUAAUAUUAAAUAUGAGCUCCUUGUAAUCGUACAUGUAUAUAAGAAUGUAUUGCACUUUAUUUA